AUGAUUUUUCUUUUUGUUCCAGUAAAAGAGACAAAAGAAGGAAAUGUAACAGUGAUAGAGGGAGUACUAACAGAAACAGAUGGGAAAAUUGAAGAGGUAGACAACCCCCAUGGGGCAUGUCCUAUCUGCUCACGUAACCUCACGUUCACCUGGAAGGAUGUCCAUAUCCUGUCCCAGUUCAUGCGGCCUGAUGGCCAGGUGAUGCCUCAGCAGGUGACAGGUGUUUGUAACACACAACACAAAAAGCUGUUCAUGGCUAUAGAAGAGGCCAAACAGGCAGGACUAUUUCCAGACCACAAACCCAGAAUGGGAGAUGUCACAGCUGUAAAAGCAUCGGAGGUUCCACUGAACAGGUUUAACGACUACUGUCCCCCUGAUUGGGUUGUGAUGAAAACGAUGACGAACGUCCCACAUCCACAGAUCCCGUACAGGAAGCUGCGGAGGUACACCAAGAUUAACCCCAAAAUCGUCAGGACCGCAGCAAGGAAGAGACCCUGAGAAAAAAUACUACAUGAUGUAGAAGUUAUACAGUGUCACUGAAAGAACAUAGUGGAAAUCGUUACAUCAGAAUAAUGUAUCUUAACUUUAUGUCAGAGCUUUGUUGUACAGUACACCAUACCUUGUAUGGCCAAGUCAGCAAGUGCAAAAUAACUUCUGCAACUCUUGACUUUUCAAAAGACAUUAUCCAGUUAAGUCUUAAGUUAGUCUUCUGGCUGAAAGGAAGAAGUGUAGAACUGUAAGAUGACCGGAAAGGAUAGUCGAACACUAUGAAAAGCAAGUGGAGUAGUGUUUAGCAUACUGGCACUGGCAUGUAGUGACCAUCCCGACCUUUGUAAAAGUCUUCUUGCUGAAAGCAUGAAUAUCUGUUCUUUACUUGAUGCUUAUAGAAUCUUAGACUUUUGCAUUGAAUAAAAACCACCACAG